AUGGGUCUUUUAGCGUUGGGAACGGCGCUGGAAUGGCCCGAGGCGAAGAAGCGAGCCGACCAGGUCAGGGAAUGGGGGAUCAAGCAAUUGCUUGAGAUAUGGAACAAGGCCAAAGGAAAGGAAAAGGAUGCCAUGUUGUGGGGAGACGAGGUUGAGUACUUGGUUGUCACAUACACCAAGGACGAGCAAAAGGUGCUGCUGUCUCUGAGGCAGGCCCAGAUCCUGGAAGCACUCGCUGCUGAUAAGGAGCUGGCCAAGGAGGGAUGCGUCCCUGCUCUGCAAGCCGGGCCAGUGACCAAAUCAAAAGCCAACCCGCUGCCGGUAUUCCAUCCGGAAUUCGGCCGUUUCAUGCUGGAGGCGACCCCCGGCAAACCGUGGGGCAUUGGGUUCAAGGAACUGCUCGACGUCGAGCCAAACAUGAAUCUGCGUCGAAGGAUUGCCAAGGAUCACAUGCUGGCCAAAGAAUACCCCAUCACCUUGACGACGUUUCCGCAGAUUGGCGUCCCGGGGCAGUUCACCGACCCUUAUUAUCCGCCGUCGGGAUGCAAGCUGCGGUCUCAGUUUGUCCCGGAUGAGAUUGCCAAUCCCCACAUUCGCUUCCCGACGCUGGCGGCCAACAUCAGAUGGCGCCGCGGCCGCAAAGUUCAGGUCAAUGUUCCCGUGUUCCACGACAAGAACACGCCGGUUCCUUGGACGGAUCCGACAGUCAAUUACAAUCUUCACAACUGGCCCGAAGAUGACGAUGAGCGUAACGGCGCUGCGCCCAAGGACAUGAUUCACAUGGAUGCCAUGGCGUUUGGCAUGGGCAGCUGCUGUCUCCAGAUCACGUUUCAGGCCAAGAACAUCACCGAAGGCCGGCAAAUGUACGAUCAGCUCAGCCCACUGGGGCCCAUCAUGCUGGCUCUCACAGCCGCCACGCCAAUCUACAAGGGCUUUCUGGCCAACACCGAUGUGCGGUGGAACCAGAUCAGCCGAGCCGUCGAUUGCCGGACUCGAGAGGAGCUGGGAGAAAGGCCGCUGAAAAAAGACCGGUGGAGGAUACCGAAAUCACGCUAUGCCUCCAAUUCGACCUACAUCUCCACCGACCCCCGGCUUCGUCCAGAGUACAUGGACCCGGACUUGGUGAUUGACCCCGACAUCAAGGCCAAGCUCUUGGAAGGGGGCAUGGAUGACCGUCUUGCCACGCACUUUGCGCACCUGUUCAUCCGGGACCCGAUUGUCAUCUUUGAAGAAGACCUGCAGGAGCUUGAUCUCAACAAGACGGACCACUUUGAAAACAUCCAGUCGACCAACUGGCAGCACAUGCGGUUCAAGCCCCCCCCGGCAGAGAACAACAUUGGGUGGCGAGUCGAGUUCCGGCCGAUGGAGAUUCAGGUGACGGAUUUCGAAAACGCGGCCUUUUCCGUCUUCAUGGUGCUGGUGACCAGGGCCAUGCUGUCGUUUGACCUCAACUUUUACAUCCCCAUCAAAAAGGUGGACGAGAACAUGGAGCGCGCGCACGCGGUGGACGCGGUCCUGAGGGAAAAGUUUUACUUUCGCAAGAACCCCUUCCCGCCGCGGCCGUCGCGGGCCAACACGGUGCUGGGGGAGGAAAGCCGCCCCGGGUCGGCCACGGCCAGCCGAUGCGGGUCCCCGGGGCUGGCGGUGGAGGAGGAGUACGACGAGAUGUCGAUUGACGACAUCAUCAACGGCUCCGCCGACGGCGGCUUCCCCGGGCUGGUGGCGAUUGUGGAGAGCUACCUGGACAGCGUCAACGUGGACGUGGGGACCCGGUGCCGGCUCGCGACGUACCUGUCGCUGGUCAGCAAGCGGGCCGGCGGGCAGCUGGACACGGCGGCGCGCUGGAUCCGCAACUUUGUGGACGCGCACCCGGGCUACAAGCACGACAGCGAGGUGGACGACGCGGUGACGCACGACCUGAUUGGCGCGGUGGUUGCGAUUGGGGAGCGAGAAGGGGCCGGCAAGAGCUUUGCGGGGCUGGAGAUCCACGGGCUGGCCAGAUUUUUGGGGGGGUUUAGAGGGGGGUGCGGCGGGGCGGAUGGUGUUGAUGUUGAUGCUGCGGAUGGUGUUGAUGGUGUUGAUGGUGUUGAUGGUGUUGAUGCUGCGGACGCGGCAGGCACAGACGCGGCAGAAGGGGAGGCGGAAUCGGAGAAUCCAUCGCGCAAGCGAAAGAGCGAGUGGAUGGAUGGAGUGGAGGGCGCUCCUUGA